AUGGGAAAUGGAGGGAGGUGGAGGAGAGAGUAGUAGUGUAGUGUAGAAACCGCGUUCUCUCUCUUCAGUCUCCGGUCCGCUCAGUCUGCUCAUCAGCCGAUGGAGUAGAGCUCCUCUUGACACGCAGAGAGCAGGUCACCAGGUUACUCCCCUAUGAUGCGCUGCCUGCUGUUACCGUGAGCGUUGCGGUAUCAGCUGCAGCUAGCGUGGCAGAACGUGUUCUCGCGACCCACCGGGAGUUUGGAAACGACACAAUCACCACCCAACACGCGUUCGACCGGGGCCAGGCUGUGCGAGUCACGGAUCGCUCCCGAGCCGCCCCGCGCGCUCGCCCUCGCGCUUGCCCCUAUGGAGGGGGACGUGAUGGACAAGCUGGAGGACAUGGCCUCGGUGUACGAGUUCGACCCGAUCACCGGGAACAUCCCCGCCACUAAAGUAGAGAUCACCGUCUCCUGCAGGAAUCUUCUAGAUAAAGACACAUUCUCCAAAUCUGACCCAUUGUGUGUGCUCUAUACCCAAGGAGUGGAGACCAAGCAGUGGAGAGAGUUUGGUAGAACAGAGGUGAUUGACAACACUCUAAACCCAGACUUUGUCAGGAAGUACAUCCUGGACUAUUUCUUUGAGGAGAAGCAGAAUCUACGCUUUGACUUGUAUGACGUGGACUCUAAAAGCCCAGACCUCUCCAAACACGACUUCUUGGGUCAGGUGUUCUGUACUCUGGGGGAGAUCGUGGGGUCACCUGCCAGUCGACUGGAGAAACCACUGGGCGGUAUAGCUGGGAAGAAAUGUGGCACCAUCAUUCUGUCUGUAGAGGAGCUGGGUAACUGCAGAGACAGCGCGACAAUGCAGUUCUGUGCCAACAAACUGGACAAGAAGGACUUCUUUGGCAAGUCAGAUCCAUUCAUAGUGUUCUACAGGAGUAACGAGGAUGGAACGUUUACUAUCUGCCAUAAAACUGAGGUUGUGAAGAACACGUUGAACCCAGUGUGGCAGUCAUUCACCAUUCCAGUCAGAGCGCUCUGCAAUGGGGACUUUGACAGGACGAUCAAGGUGGAGGUGUACGACUGGGACCGCGAUGGCAGCCAUGACUUCAUAGGGGAGUUCACCACUAGUUACCGGGAGCUAGCUCGAGGCCAGAGCCAGUUCAACGUCUAUGAGGUGGUGAAUAUCAAAAAGAAACUGAAGAAAAAGAAAUAUGUGAAUUCAGGAACGGUGACCCUCCUCUCCUUCUCUGUGGAAUCAGAGUGCACAUUCCUGGACUUCAUCAAGGGAGGGACCCAAAUAAAUUUCACUGUGGCCAUUGAUUUCACCGCGUCUAAUGGUAACCCAUCCCAGUCCACCUCUCUCCACUACAUGAACCCGUACCAGAUGAAUGCCUACGCCAUGGCCCUGAAGGCUGUAGGGGAGAUCAUCCAGGACUAUGACAGUGAUAAGAUGUUCCCUGCUCUGGGGUUCGGAGCCAAGCUGCCCCCUGAUGGACAGGUCUCACACGAGUUCCCUCUGAACGGUAACAUAGAGAACCCUUACUGUAAUGGUAUAGACGGCAUCCUGGAGGCCUACCACGAGAGUCUGAAGACUGUUCAGCUCUACGGACCAACCAACUUCGCCCCUGUAGUCAACCAUGUGGCCAGGUAUGCUGCAGCAGUUCAGGACGGGUCCCAGUACUUCAUCCUCCUCAUCAUUACAGAUGGAGUCAUAUCAGACAUGGCUCAGACCAAGGAGGCCAUCGUCAACGGGGCUAAACUGCCCAUGUCCAUCAUCAUUGUUGGAGUGGGACAGGCUGAGUUUGACGGGGCCCCUCAAGGCUCCAUGCUUAGUCCCUUCCUGGACUCCCACGACUGCGUGGCUGUGGCCGCAGGCGACUCCAACACCAUCAUUAACAAGACAAAGGAGCUGAUUGUGAACUAUAAGAAACAGAGGGCUGAGCCACGCCCUAAUUCACAUCAACACGGUGACAUCAGAAUCUCUUCCAGAGGGAAGCUGGCAGAGAGAGACAUUGUCCAGUUUGUCCCAUUCAGAGACUACAUGGAUCGUACAGGGAACCAUGUCCUCAGUAUGGCCCGGCUAGCCAAGGAUGUCCUGGCUGAGAUCCCUGAUCAGUUCAUCUCUUAUAUGAAGAGUCGGGGCAUCAAACCCAACCCUGCACCGCCCCCCUACACACCCUCUGGACACACACACCACACACAGAUCUGACCACCUCACACACACACCUUUACACUGAGUACUGAUGAGAGAGACACCAUCAAAGAUUUGCAACCCCUAGGAAUCUCUGUCUACUUCCUGAUUGGAACAUCGAGACAGGACGUGAUGUAAGAGGAAGCUAUUAAAGCUACAGGUGUUUGUGUCAGAACUCUCCCGGACAGGUAACUCUCUGGACUGGGGAAGACAACAGUGUUUCUGUUCAUUGUGGUUCUAUCUAUUCUGUUUGUCUCUCUGGAGGAGAAGAGAGACCACCAUGGAGAGAUUAUAUGUAGCUGUGCCAUACAAGGACUAUGGUGAUCGAUGACUUGUCUUUUUAUCAACAUACAUGGGCCUGUGACUGUUUUCUCUUGUAUUGUUAAAGAGCAGGUGUGAUCGAGGGGUCAUGUUGUGGUUGAAACUUGUGCCUGUCUGUAGAGGGGUCAUCUAACCGACCAAGUGGAACCCUCGUGUGAACACUGACAUCUCACCUUCCACCUUUGAUCUUGCAUGUGAUUGGUGUAUUGGAGCGCGUGUGUUAAGGUGGUGAUGUUUUUAGAAAACUUUCCAUCAGUUUACUAGUUUGUUUUGGCCCUCAGACAUGUCUAUAUAUUGAUUUGUAGCUUCAUCAUUCUAGUUUGUUUUGGGCCUCAGACAUGUCUACAUAUUGAUGUGUAGCUUCAUCAUUCUAGUUUGUUUUGGGCCUCAGACAUGUCUAUAUAUUGAUGUGUAGCUUCAUCAUUCUAGUUUGUUUUGGGCCUCAGACAUGUCUAUAUAUUGAUUUGUAGCUUCAUCAUUCUAGUUUGUUUUGGCCCUCAGACAUGUCUAUAUAUUGAUGUGUAGCUUCAUCAUUCUAGUUUGUUUUGGCCCUCAGACAUGUCUAUAUAUUGAUUUGUAGCUUCAUCAUUCAAGGUGAAAAAAAGAAAAGUAUUUGUAAUUUUUUGUUUCAUUGCUUCACUAAGUUUUUCUUACUCCCAUAAGUUAUUGAUUCUUCUCUUGCUUUACAUUUCAAAGCAUGUUUGUGUAGGAUGGAAUUUGCCUGUAUGCCUGUAUUUAUAAUGUAUCAAUGUGGCAUGGAUAUAUAAGGAUAUAUAAUGAAUUUGUAUUUGUUUAGUUAUUUUAUCAUUUCUAGGUACCUUCCCAGUUUAGAUUUCUCCACAACACACAGUUAGUUAGACAGUUAGCAAUACGAUUAAGCACAAGGGCGAGAUACUUCAACCACCACAGCAAUUGGUAGAACCUGUCUGUGACGUCAUCGUAACUGUGACAUACAUAACCACACCUGUAACAUACAUCAUCAUAAGUAUUGGUUUUGAUAGUUGACCAGGUCAUAUUUGGGAUCAGUCAAAGAUAUUUAAAAUAUACAAAUUAUUACGCAAUUCAAAAGCACAAAAAAAAAAAUCUAAUACUCUUUCAACUAUUCCAUUUUUUCUUCUCUCUUUUCAUCUCUCUCUUUCCAUAGAGAAUGGAUUUUUGAUUAUUGAUAUUAAACCUCUCCGGAUAAAUGUAUCCACUUGAAGAAUAUUUUAUUCUAUGAAUGAAUAUUUUAUUCUAUGAAUCCUUUUCAUGAUCAACAAUAACUCGCCCACCAGUCCUUUAUCUCUCUCUCUCUCUCUCGCUCUCUCUCCCUCUCUCUCUCUCUCUCUCUCCUCUCUCUCUCUCUCUCUCUCUCUCUCCCUCUCCCUCUCCAUCUCUCUCUAUCUCUCUCUCUCUCCCUCUCUCUCGCUCUCUCUCUCCAUCUAUCUCCCUCUCCCUCUCCCUCUCCCUCUCCC